AUGUCAGGAUUAUUACCAUUAGCUACUUAUAAUUUGGCUUUACAACCAUUUCAACCAGCUCCUGCAAUUGAAGAUGAUUUUCCAGUUACAAUUAGAAUUUCAUUAGCUGCUAUAGAUCCAGAAUCCGUAGAUGAUAAAAAUGAACCAUCAACUUUAAGAAUUUUAAAAAAAUCUAGCGAUUUUAUUGAUGAUUAUGAAGAUGAUGAAGCUGAAGAAGCUAAUGAUGAUGAAGAUGACGAAUUAGAUGAAGACGAAGGAGAUGAGGAGGAGGAUGAUGAUGAUGAUGAUGAUGAUGAUGAAGAAAAACCAAAAUCGAACGGCAUAAAGCAAAAGAAUGAUGAAGAAGAAGAAGAUGAAGAAGAUGAAGAAGAUGAAGAAGAUGAAGAAGAUGAAGAUGAAGAAGACGAAGACGACGAGGAUGGUGAAGUUGAAGAAUACGUAGUCUGUACUUUAUCACCAAAACAUCAAUAUCAACAAACUUUAGAUUUAACUAUAACUCCAGAUGAGGAAGUUUACUUUGUUGUUACUGGUUCAUAUCCGAUUCAUUUAUCUGGUAAUUAUGUUGAACAUCCAGCUGAUGAAGAGAGUGAAGAUGACGAGUAUGACGACGAAUACGAUGAUGAAUAUGAUUUAACUCCAGAUGAAGACGAAAUUAUUUACGGUGUAGAUCCAGAAGAUGAAGAAGACGAAGAAGACGAAGAAGCUGCUCCAAGAAUUGAAGAAAUUGAAGAAGAUGAAGAAGAAGAAGUCAAUGAAAAGCCUACCAAAAAAAGAGUUGCAAUUGAAGAAGCUCCAAAAGAAUCAAAGAAAUCUAAAAAAGUCAAGAAAGAAGAUAAAAAAUCUGUUCAAUUUUCAAAAAAUUUAGAACAAGGUCCAACUGGUUCAACUUUAGCUGAUAAAAAAGAUGAAAAAGAAGCAUUAAAAGAAUCAAAAAAACAAGCUACAAAAGAUGAUAAAAAAGAUGGUAAAAAAUUCCCAACUAAAACAUUAUUAGGUGGUGUUAUAACUGAAGAUAGAAAAGUUGGUUCUGGUCCACAAGCCAAAUCAGGUAACAAAGUUGGUAUAAGAUACAUUGGUAAAUUAAAAAAUGGUAAACAAUUUGAUAAAAAUACAAGUGGUAAACCAUUUACAUUUAAAUUAGGUAAAGGUGAAUGCAUCAAAGGUUUUGAUUUAGGUGUCACUGGGAUGGCUGUUGGUGGUGAAAGAAGAGUUAUUAUUCCACCAAAAAUGGGUUAUGGAUCACAAGCUUUACCAGGUAUUCCAUCUAAUUCAGAAUUGACUUUUGAUAUUAAAUUAGUUUUAUUAAAAUAA